AUGUCGACGCUCAGCCUCACCGUGCUCCGGAGAGAGCCCGUGCUCGUCGGCCCAGCCUCGCCGACGACACCGUGCGAGAAGAAGCGCCUCUCCGACGUCGACAACCAAGACGAGCUGCGGUCGCACAUCCGCGGCAUCUUCUUCUACCGCGGCGGAGGGCUCGCGCGCGGCGACCCCGGGGACAUCAUCCGUCGAGCCUUGUCCGAGGCGCUGGUACACUACUACCCGCUCGCCGGACGGCUCCUGGAGGUGGAGAACCGGAAACUUGCCGUUGACUGCACCGGCGAAGGGGUGACGUUCAUCGAGGCAGACGCCGACGUGCGAAUGGCGGAUCUCGAGGCCGACGUGCCCGGGCUGAUGCCGCCAUUCCCGUGGAUUGAGGAGCUCUGCUUCGAGGUGGACGGCUCCAGCGCUGUGCUCAACUGCCCCUUGGUGAUCAUUCAGGUGACGCGGCUCCUGUGCGGCGGCUUCGCCGUGUGGCAUAGCUUCAACCACACCAUGUGCGACGCCGCGGGGUUCAUCCAGUUCCUGAACGCCGUCGCCGAGCUCGCUCGAGGCACCUGCCUGGUCUCGCGAGGUUCUUGA